AUGAAUAUGAACCAAUUGAACACGGUCUCUCACAUGACUCAAAAUGAAGAUUUCGAUAUUAUAUCUCGUACUGCCGUUGUGAACAAUGAUGAUAAUAAUAUUAUAGAAGAAGAAAUUAAUAUGGAACAUGUUUUUGAGGAAGAUGGAAUAGAAGAUGAAAGUGAAACACAAAGAGAAAAAGAUAAAGCAGUAGAUUGUAACAUUGAAAUACCUUCAAUUUACACCAACUUAGAUGAAAAAAGUUUGCAUGUUGAUAACAAUUGGUUGAAGUCAUAUUCUAAAAGUAAGAAUGAUUUUGCUCUUGAGUUGGGAAAAGAUUCUUUCAAUAACAAAGAAGAAUUUAUUAGAGCUAUUAAGCUCUAUUUUAUCAAAACUCAUAAACAUUUUGAGGUUGUUGAGUCACGACCAACCAUUUGGUCUAUAAGAUGUAAGCUACAUGAACAAGGUUGCAAAUGGACACUUCGUGGAAGUAAACGUGAACGUAGUGGAUUAUUUGAAAUCUCAAAGUAUACUGGUCCACACACUUGUUUACAUUAUAAGAUCAGCCAAGACCAUCCAAACCUAGACUCAAGCGUGAUUGCUCAAGAGAUUCAACACCUUAUUAAAGCAGAACCUUCUACUAGUAUUACUGUUCUAAGAGCUGAAAUAAUUGACAAGCUAGGGUAUACUCCUACAUACAAGAAGGUGUGGGUAGGAAAACAAAAGGCUAUUGAACACGUCUUUGGGGAUUGGGAUGAAUCAUACAAUAUUUUACCUAAGUUUUUGAUGGCGUUACAAACGUUCAAUCCUGGUACCAUUGUUGAAUGGUGUGUGUUGGAAGAGACGGGUCAAGAUCAAGUGGAAUUUAGACGUGUUUUCUGGGCAUUUGAUCCUUCUAUUAAAGGCUUUAAGCAUUGUCGCCCGGUGAUUAGCAUUGAUGGCACACAUUUGUAUGGAAAGUAUAAAGGUAAAAUGAUGAUUGCAAUGGGAGUUGAUGGCAACAAUCAAAUUUUACCACUUGCUUUUGCUAUCGUUGAGAAUGAAUCUUUCGCUAGCUGGAAUUGGUUUCUUUCACAUAUCAAGAGACAUGUGGUGAAAGAUGUUGACGGGAUCUGCCUAAUAUCCGAUCGUCACCCUGGAAUCUUGAAGGUUGUUAAUGAGCAAGGAUCUCCUUGGUUAGAGUCUCGUGGUUAUCACAGGUAUUGCUUAAGGCAUUUCAUCAACAACUUUAAUGAUAAGUUUCGCAGCUCACAGCUAAAGACUUUAGCUUACCGGGCUGGUAGUCAGAAUCAAAUUCAGUUUUCUCCAAUUCCUCAUGAAGCGUACCGGCCACAAGCACCAAAUAUAGCAUUACUUCCUAAUUCCGAACUAAAACGAGAUAAAAGGGGUCCCCCUCGAUCAACAAGGUUACGAAAUGGAAUGGACAUCAAAGAAGGAAAAAAGUCGACCAAUUGUGGAAUCUGUGGAGAACGUGGUCACAAUCGAGCAACAUGUAUAACUAAGCCUAAAAAGGUGAAUGCUUAG